AUGUCAGAAAACGAGAUAAGAGCACUUUGUCAUAAAAGCAGGGAGAUUUUUUUAUCACAGCCCAUCCUCCUGGAACUUGAAGCGCCACUGAAAAUCUGUGGAGAUAUACACGGGCAGUACAAUGAUUUGUUACGAUUGUUUGAGUAUGGUGGGUUCCCACCAGAAGCAAAUUAUUUAUUUCUUGGAGACUACGUUGAUCGAGGAAAGCAAAGUCUAGAGACAAUAUGUUUGCUCUUGGCUUACAAAGUGAAGUAUCCUGAAAAUUUUUUCUUGUUACGAGGAAAUCACGAGUGCGCUAGUAUUAAUCGUAUAUAUGGAUUUUAUGAUGAAUGCAAACGUCGAUUUUCAAUAAAAUUGUGGAAAACAUUCACUGAUUGCUUCAAUUGUUUGCCAAUAGCUGCUCUCAUAGAUGAAAAAAUUUUUUGUUGUCAUGGAGGACUUUCUCCAGAUUUGCAAAAUAUGGAGCAGAUCCGUAGAAUUAUGCGUCCUACAGAUGUUCCAGAUACUGGUUUAUUAUGUGACUUGUUAUGGUCUGAUCCAGACAAAGAUGUGCAAGGUUGGGGAGAAAAUGACCGAGGUGUUUCAUUUACAUUCGGGCCUGAUGUCGUCGCAAAGUUUUUAAAUCGUCAUGAUUUAGACUUAAUUUGUCGGGCUCAUCAGGUGGUAGAAGAUGGCUACGAGUUUUUUGCUAAACGUCAGCUCGUGACAUUAUUUUCCGCGCCAAAUUAUUGUGGUGAGUUUGACAAUGCUGGUGGGAUGAUGAGCGUUGAUGAAACAUUGAUGUGCUCUUUUCAGAUUUUGAAGCCAUCAGAAAAAAAAGCGAAAUAUCAAUAUGCUGGUUUGAACAGCGGUCGCCCAAUCACAUCGCCACAGCGAACUCCUGGUGUUGCAGCAGCAGGAAUACAGAAAAAAAAGUAAGU